AUGAAUCAUUUUCCAGGUCUGGUUAUUCGCGGUAUCUGUGACUACGCCGACUCACACAAGUCUAAGGAAUGGCAACCAUAUGCGGCACUCGUGGCGGCGGCCUAUGCGAAAGAGCUUCUCUUGAUGGUCCCAGACGAUCAAGUUCACAGCACCCCAACGGCACGACUCACUCUGGCAGAUGCUGCAGAAAGCAGCAAGUCUAAACUGACUCCCGCGGAUGCCGUUAUUGUUGUAUUGGGUCCGACUGGGGUGGGCAAAUCGCACUUUAUUCGAGCGGCUACUGGAGAUUCAUCAAUUAAAGUCGGUGCAACGCUGGAGUCUGUUACCGAUAGGCUUAAUGUUUACCGUACUGAAAUCAACGACCAAUCUGUUGUUCUUGUCGACACCGUUGGCUUCGAUGAUACCUAUCGAAGUGAUACAGACAUUUUACGGGAAAUCGCAACCUGGCUCGCUGAUACCCACGUUGAAGGGGUCAAUUUAGCUGGCGUCAUUUAUAUGCAUAACAUCAAAGUCCCGCGUUUCACUCGCUCAGCGGCGAAAAAUAUGCGGAUGUUCGAAAAGCUUGUUGGAGAGGCGGCUCUGAGCAACGUAGUGCUCAUCACUAAUAGGUGGGACGGGGUCUACCUUGAAGAAGGCGAAAGGAGACAAGAAGAAUUGACACAGAACCCCAACAUGUGGGGUACUAUGAUUGAAAGAGGGAGUACCGUUGAGCGCUUCUCCGGCACUGCGCAAGAUGCUCAAAGGAUCUUGAAAUCCGUUCUGGACAAGAAGCAUAGAACACUUCUGAACAUUCAACAGGAACUAGUUGACCGGCAGCUGGAUUUAUCCGAGACUGAGACCGGUAAGACUUUAGUUGAGGAGAUUAAAAAUCUCCGCACAAACCACAUGCGACAAAUGGCCAAUCUGCAGAAUGAAUUGAAGGAAGCCUUGAAGUCGAAAGAUAUUAAAUUGUACGAGAUGAUAACUCAGCAGCUAUCGGAACUCAAAGAGCGCUUAAAUGAGUACGAAGCUCAAAUCUCAGAACUCAAACACCAAAGAGGAGCACUCGAAGAACUUCAGCGUGUGCAUGUCGAGGAAAUUAGACGGUUACAGGAUUCAAUCGGAGAUCGACUUGGAUUUUUGGAAGAGCAGAAUUCGGCACCACCUCCAGCAUACGCCGAAGCCUCAAGUGCUGUCGAUACACAGCCUAACAUUGAAUAUACGAGGAUCGAGCCGGCAUCAGCAAGGUCUUAUUAUGUCUGGAUCCUGCUAAAACUACUUUGGGAAGUUGGCCAGAGGCUGCUUAGGCCGCGGCUGCGCACUGGAUACAGGAGACUGGUGUGGCGAUGUGUAAGAAAAUCAUGA